GAGGCUACAAACAGUCUAGAGAGACUUCAUUCAGUACGGAAAUUGAGGUUAAGUAUUGUUUACGUGAUUGAACAUUGGAUGUGAGUGUACUGGAUUUCGCAUUUAAUCUGUUUAAAUAAUGGGAUCAACAACAAACAAUACAUUAAACAACGUGGCAUCAAAAGAAGAAAACACCGAGAAUCAGAAUAGCGAAGUUGAUGAUUUAGAAUGGUCAGCAGAUCAAGAAAUACUGUUACUUUAUUCCUUACAUGGAUUCAAACCAGUAGGACCAAAUAAACAUUUCCGUAUGCUACUUAUCCAAGAUAGACUCUCCAGUGCCAUGAAUAAAAGGGUAUCUUCAUUAGCGAUUUGGAAAAAAUUGAAUACAUUGUAUGACCUUGAGGCAUUGGAUGAAGCGGAAGCAGAAGCAGAUGCAUUGGUUGCCGUGGAAACAGAUUUCUCAUUGCCAGAAGAUGAGUUUGGGGAGUUAAUGGCUAGUAAACUGAAACAACAGAUCAAAAUUGAAAAGUCAGAUUCAGACAAUGUAAACAGUAGCUAUGAGCGAAUAGAAGCAAUAACUGAUGUAAGAGCUGAGAUAGAUUCUCUAGAAGAUGAUGACACUUAUAAACCAUCAGCUGACACUGUAAAGUACACACCAGUUGGGAAAGAAGUAAAGAAGGAUUCAGUUAAAAAAGGGCCAAAGAAAAAAGAUCAGACACCAGUCAGAGAUAACUCACCAUUAAAGAAAGAUAAUGCUAAAGAAACACCCAAAAAAGAUACACCAAACAAAAAAGAUAAUGCCAAAGAAGCAAAGAAAAUCAUUACAAGAGAUGAUGAUAAAAAAGAUUUUGGGAAGAAACCUAUUUAUGAAUCUAAAAAAGAAAUCACCAAGGAAGAUAAAAAAGAGCCAGUUGCUAAAGCCAACAAGAAAGAAAAUAUUGAAAAAAGGUUAUCAGAUCAGAUGAAAAAAGAUGCAGAAGUAAAAAAAGCUGACCAAAGGAAAAUCGUAGAGACACCAAAAAGUCAACGUGCAGAAGGUGUUAAGACCCGCCCUGAAACCCCAAAACAGUUACGAGCAGACUCAGCAAAACGAAUAAAUCAGGCUGAAAUGAAGACACCUAAGACUGAAACAAUAAAAACCCAGCGGAAUGAAACCACAACAAAACUUCAAAGGGUCGAGACUCUUAAGAAAGAAAACUCUGACAAGAAGAAAGAAACUUCAGACAAAAAAAAUGUGGAGAGGAAAUCACCAGAGAAGUCUGUAGAAUCUGCAAGGGGAGCGAAACUUCGUACAAGGGAGAAGAAGGAGGAAUCUGACAAAACUGAGACUCCAACAGGCACAAAACGGGAGAGGUCAAGAGAUGCGAUGGCAAAGGCAAUAGAAGCAGUAGAGGAACCACCAGCUAAGAAAGCCAAGACCCCAGUCACUAAGGGGCGACCUACUCGCAAUUCCAUUGAACCCCAGAAACCUGCCAGCCCUGCUGUCAACCCACCCUCACCUCAAAAACGUCGUACCAGAGUGUUAUAGACCCGAUCUCAUCAUAAACCUUAGUUUCCUAAUAUAUGUACAGUAUAAUAUUUUUGUAAAUAUAGUCAUAGUGAAUAAUA